GACAUGAUCUGAUUAAUGGACCUUGGAAAGCCGAAGAUCCAAGAAGGAUAAAGAAGAUCGUCCGGGUAGAGAUUCACCGCGUUGCCUGAUCCCAGCCUAGCCUGCCUUCUUUUUCUUUCUGCCGGCCUUGGCACGGUCAUCCAUCCCAUUUUAUUAUCGAUCCUGCAUUCCCCUCCUUCCAUAACUCUUCGGGCAUUCCUCUCUUCGUCAUUUCGCCCGUUGUACGGAUUUCAUCUCUCCUAUUGCCUGUACACUCUUGUCGCGGGUUCGGACUGUCCGUGAUCUCGACUGUUGAAAAAGCCCGGCAUACCCUUAUCGUUCUUUUUUCGCGGAGGCUCGCGCUCGGUGGCGCGCCGCAGACUUGACCGACGAUGGGUCUCUCAAAAACUAACAGGAUUCUCAUCCUGUUGGUGAUCGAUACUGCAUUUUUUCUCCUAGAAUUGAUUGCUGGUUAUUCCGUCCAUUCGUUGGCCCUUGUUGCGGAUUCCUUUCACAUGCUCAACGAUGUCCUCUCCCUCCUUGUUGGUUUAUGGGCCGUCAAAGUCGCCAACCGUGAAACAACCUCACAAGUGUACACAUAUGGGUGGCAACGCGCGGAAACAUUGGGUGCUCUGGUGAACGGUGUCUUCUUGUUGGCGUUGUGUGUCUCGAUCUUCCUGGAGGCGGUUCAGCGCUUGUUCGAGCCUCAGGAAGUGAAGAAUCCCCGGUUCGUCUGUAUUGUCGGCUGCCUGGGUUUGCUGUCCAACAUCGUUGGCCUGGUCCUAUUUCACGAUCACUCUCAUGGCCAUGGCCACAGCCACGGACAUGGGGAGAUCGAGGAGGCAAUCAGCGAUGAGGAUACCGCGGAGCAGGGUUUCGCCUCCCCUCAGCCGACAACCCCGGCGAAUAAGCGUAAAUCCAUUGCCAAUCCCGAGGGUAUCGCCGCAUCCGAAUCUUCAACCUCCCCUGCCCAUCGGAUCCGGUCCUCGGACGGACGGACGCGUGGUCGCCGAUACAGCACCGCGACCAGCCGAGGAUUCGGCGUGGAGGAUAUCCAAGUGCACCCGGCGACCUUGCGCCAGGAGAUCAUUGCCGCUAGCCGUAACAAUCGUUUCAUUGGCGAAGAAUAUGAUUCGGACCUUGACCAGCCAGAGGACGAGUUGGAUGGGGCAAAACCGACGGAGCGGUCUGGUCUGCUGCGGCACAAGGAUCGGGCAGCCAACUAUACCGAUGAGAGCGAUGACACGGUGCUGAGGUCGGAGGAAGCUACCGAGGAUGAUAUCCACAAGUUUCACAACCACGCGCAGCCGAAACCGAAAGGGCACAAGCACGGGCACUCACACGACCUCAACAUGCGUGGAGUCUUCCUGCAUGUCAUGGGUGAUGCCCUGGGGAACAUCGGGGUGAUCGCCUCAGCGCUCAUUAUUUGGCUGACCGACUACUCGUGGCGAUUCUACGUGGAUCCGGGCAUCUCGCUUGUGAUCACCAUGAUCAUCCUCGCCUCCGCCAUUCCGCUCUGCAAAGCCGCAUCGCGCAUUCUUCUCCAAGCCGCGCCUUCCGGAUUGAGCAUCGACCACAUCAAAGAAGACAUCGAGGGAUUGCCUGGUGUCCUUGGCUCACACCAUCUGCACGUCUGGCAGUUAAGCGAUACCAAGAUUGUCGCUUCUAUCCAUAUCCAAGUGGACACUGAGAUCAAGGGAGAAGGGUCUGAGCGAUACAUGCGCCUGGCGAGACAAGUGCGCAAUUGCCUCCAUGCGUACGGAAUUCAUUCCUCCACGAUCCAGCCCGAAUUCGCCCCCGACAGCGACGCCGAAGACAACAACCCCGCUUCGUCUCACGUCAGCAACAGUGGUUCCCCGGCGCCCAAGCAGCCGAGCCGAGCCGCUAGCAUCCGCGACGCGGACCCCCAGGCGUGCCUCCUGGAGUGUGGAGAUGAAUGCGCGCGCGGAGGACAAUGCUGUCCUAAGAAACCGACUUAGUUCAUACCCCUAUCUUUUCCCCAUUGAUCGG